GCGGGCGGCGACCCGCUGUCGGCGGGCGGCAGCAUCGAGGUGGUGGACUUGUACCUGCUGCCCGAGCCCUUCUCCGGGCUGAUCGCGGGGGAGUUCGGGCCGCUGCUGGUGCUGAGCUGCCGGGUGUGCCUGGAGGAGAAGCCCAUCAAGCCCCUGUCCUGCUGCAAGAAGGCGGUGUGCGAGGAGUGCCUCAAGCGGUACCUCAGCUCCCAGGUGCAGCUGGGACAAGCGGAUAUAAAAUGCCCCAUCACAGAGUGUAGCGAACACCUGGAUGAAACAACUGUCCUCUAUAACCUGCCCCACGACGACAUCAUCAAAUAUAAAUAUUUCCUGGAACUCAGCCGCAUCGACUCCAGCACCAAGCCAUGCCCUCAGUGCAAGCACUUUACAACCUUCCGGAGGAGAGGCCACAUUCCUACCCCUGCCAAAUUGGAGAACAAAUACAAAAUCCAGUGUCCAUCUUGCCAAUUUGUCUGGUGUUUCAAGUGCCACUCUCCCUGGCAUGAAGGCAUUAACUGCAAAGAAUACAAGAAGGGAGACAAGCUGUUGCGUCACUGGGCCAACGAAAUCGAACACGGGCAGAGGAAUGCCCAGAAGUGUCCAAAAUGCAAGAUCCACAUCCAGAGAACAGAAGGGUGUGACCACAUGACCUGUUCACAGUGUAACACUAAUUUCUGUUACCGUUGUGGGGAGAGAUACCGCCAGCUCCGGUUCUUCGGAGAUCACACCUCAAACCUCAGUAUCUUUGGAUGCAAAUACCGCUACCUCCCCGAGAGACCACAUUUAAGGAGAUUAGUGCGAGGCUCUGUCUGUGCUGGAAAAUUACUCAUUACGCCCCUAAUACUGGUUCUGGGACUGGCACUGGGAGCCAUAGCUGUUGUAAUAGGUUUAUUUGUGUUUCCUAUCUAUUGCCUUUGUAAAAAGCAGAGGAAAAGAUCACGGACAGGUAUGCCCUGUGUUUCUCCUCCUGAGAUGAUCUGAAGAGAAUAGCGAUCCUUGCUCUUUUUUCCUAACUUCAGAGUACCACUGUUUGCCACCAGACCUCUUUCUCAGCGCAUCAUCACAACAGCAGUGUAAUUCAGCAUUAGGAAUCAGCUACUGAGAAUUUUUUCACUUUUAGUUAUAAUCCAAAUUUAUCGUACAAAUAUAACUUAAAAGAAAAAAAAAUAGUAUAAAAUAAAUUUGUGUAAGCAGAACACUGAAACAAUAAAGAAAGGAACUGAAUAAGAGAAAUAUCUACUUUAUACUUUAAAAAUGCAAGCUGAUCUUAAAGAAAAGAAGAUUGGAUUUGUACUGUGAAGGUACUUUUUUUCGGUAUGUGUGUUUGAAGAUACAUAUGUGUGUGUGUGAUAUAUAUAUAUAUAUCUAUAUCUAUGGGGGGAGGGGGAAGCAGGGAGAUGGGCAAUGUCCUAAAGACUCUACAGACUUCAGAAUUUAGGCCUGUAAAUAGCAUAUCGUUUGAGAGGAUGUACUUUGCACCACUUUCUUUGAAAAUUGUUACUAAAUCUGAAUCUAGCUGUAACUUUUAAGUAAAUAGUAUUCUGUCCCACCAACAUAAUACUGUUAUAAGAUACUCGCUUUGACUUCAAAGCCUCAGUGGAAGAAACUGAUGAAUUUUGUUUACCUGGAAACACAAAUAUCAGCUUACCGUAGCUGGCUAGUAUGCGUAUUUUCUGACAGCUUCUGGUUUUGUUUUCUUGGAGUUUUUUCUUGUUGAAACUGUGUGUAUAAGCACACCAUAGUAGUCAACAAGUACUUAAUAUUUCCACUUGAAUUUAAGGACAUGUUGUCCCUGUUGUCCUAACAGUAGAAAUAGUACCUUUGUAAGACUUGCGAGUUAAGCAGGGAAGCAAUGACAUUUAGAAGUAAAGUUCAAAGCCUAUUAUCAAUGCAAAACCACCUGUUAAUUAGAUUUCUUCUUCUGUGACACAUCAGUUUUCUAUUUGUGUUCUGUCUGAGGUUGGAAGCUGCCUUAAAAUUGGUCUUGUUAUUGAGUGUGUUUUCUGAGGCUAUACAUAUCAGUUGUCUUUUUGGCUUACUCAGGGAUUUUUAUUCCUUUCUUUAAAUGUCAAAUAAUGAAGAUAUUUUUGUAUUAUUUAGAAAAACCUUCAGACCUCAGAGAGUGAGAGAGAGAGAGAGAUCUGGGUUUGCAAUGCUGUCUGUAAUAUGGUGUCAAACUAUUCCACUUGAGAAUAUUUUAGUACUUGAGAUUAUCUGUAAUUAACUAUCUAGUGGAUUAAUUUCCUUUCUUUUCCUGGUUCUUUAUAAAUAUGUGGAAUAUUCUUACAGUCUUUGUAGCUGUUUUCACUCUGCCAUGUUUGCCAUUUUCGGUUUCUGAUGGGAGUUCAGUAAAAUCUGAAAUUAAGGUGCUAAAAUAAAGAGCAUAAAAGGGAAGAUAAUAGAUCUGCACUUAUUUAUAUUCAGAAAGCGUGUCAUUAUGGGUGGAGGAAAGGAACACACAUCUCAGCUCCGACAUUAUCAUUUCAUCUAGGCCAUUUUGAUUUUAUCGGAACAGAUUAAAUCGAAGGGAAAUAGUUCUUCAUUUUCCUCACAUAGCAAAAUGAGGCAUCUUUGACCUUGUAAAAUGAGAGUCUAAUCUUGCUUUCUCUGUAAGAAAAAAAAUGGGAAUGACAAAAAUACUUGCUUUUGGCUUUCUGUAGAACAGGAAGAAUUGUCAAGAGCCAGAGUAGAGAUAUGGGAGUCUUUUUCCAUCCAUAUAAAAAUAUUCCCACUUGAAUACAAUUUUCCAUCAAUAUUAUGUAACAUAACCAACAGAAAUGUGAAAAGUAGUUUAGUACAAAACUUCAUUCAAUAAAAUGUUACCUUUUAAACAGCUCUUCUCAUAUCAUAGAAAAUCUUAUAUACAUCAAAGUAAUUUCAUUUGUUUUACAAGAGUUAAUUUAUCAAUUGAAAGAAAUGGAAUGAACUUCGUUUCUUUCCUUAUGUAAUCGUCUUUUGGUUUUUGUAACUGUACUCUAAAGAAACCAUCAAACUGUUCUACUCCAUCUCUGUUAGCAGAAGACUUCAUCAGGCAGCUAAAUUAACCUGCUAAGGCAGGUUUCGUGCUACUGUAUUGCUGAUCAUCAGGAUUGCUUUCACCACAUUUAAUAUUUAAGAUUAUCUAUCCUUGAGCGAAGCUGUUGCUCACCAAUAGUAGGAAAUGCUUAAAUCCUUUCUACAUAAGCCUCCUCUUUCUAGCUUGCCUGGAAAUGGGCCGGCUGGACACACCAGUCGGGGGGGGAGCUGUUUUCACUUUCUCUGCUUUCUCCACUAAGAGUAAUUAGUUGUAUUUCAUUAAUUGGGUCAAGUUUCAGGGCUGCUCAAGCGCAUCAGUGGCAAGAUGAGUCUGACUGCAGCCUCUUAGAGCAUGGUAAGGUGUAUUUGCCGAGCUUAUCCGGGAGCUUGCGACUGGAAAAUAAUUGUGCUUUUCCUUGUGUCAGUCUAUUAGCUGGUGAGAAGAAGAAACAGAGUAAAAAUCUAAGUGAGAGGCAGAAGUGGAGUUCUGAGUAGCUUGUGUUCUAGUUGACCCAUCAGUUUUAGUUGCAUACAAAAAAGUCUGUUACUCUUCAGUUCUCACCUCCUCUAUAAUAAACAGCAUAUUCAUGUCUUUCAAAUGUCAUUAAAAUAUAGUGCACUUUGAGUGAUCUAUUAUCUUCCUUUGGGGCAGUGCAAAUGUGUAAGUAAGGGAGGAUGUUACUAAUGCUGACUUUAUAACUCUUCCUGGUAUGUUAGGGUGUUUCUUUUUAAUUUCCAUCUAUUUAUUGGUUCUGAAAAUUUGAGCAACGUGAUGUUUUACUUUAUUAAAAAUAUUAAUUUGCGGGGACUAUUGCCAGUUUGACUAGAAGGUGUUUUGGAUCACCGUCAGGUAUUCUUUUUAGCCAAGGGGCUUUCUGCUCUUCCAAAGACUGCCAUAGCUUGUGUGAUGUUAAACGGUCUGUAGGUAGGCCAGUAAUUCUGUCAGAGGAUACAAAUUCUCCAGUGACUGAAUGGUUUCUCAUGCCAGUGAGAUCUGAGAAACUGUUUCAUAUUCAAUGGCCAAACAGUUUGCCAUGCAGACUCUGAGGUUUUUUUUUUUUUACAUGUAAUUGUGGUGGCUUGUUUCUUGAGCAAAGCUUGCAUCAGCCGUAAUACUUGGUAUGGUGAUUGUGUACAUCUAAGUUGUGAAAAAGAACCAUGGAUUAGUGUUACUUUUACAGCCUAUGUUAGAUCUCUAAUUUUGCUGAUGGGAAGAAUCCUACCCAAGGAAACUAUUAGAUAAUUUCUUUUAAUUUUGCCGCCUUAUCGUUACAGCAGAUCAGCUCCAUUCCUGACACCAGUCAUAGCCCUGUUAAACCAGAGAAGUCAUACCCAUUUUUAUGCCAAUAUGGAAUUUGGCCCCAAAUACUUUGAUAAAAAUAUCUGCAAGCAUGUUGAUAGCCAUUUUACAGCAACUUGAAAAUGUAAUUCACUUCUGAAGAAAUGCAAACUACUAUGGAGCCAGUCCUCUAACUCCCAGGGUGAUACUAGUGCUAUUUCAUAGGUGCAGGAGAGGGCAGGGAGUAGGGAAAAAUUUCCAAACAUUCUUAUUAAAGCAAAUUGUCAAAGGAAUACUGGCUUUUAAUAUAAUAAAUAGACCUUCUUAAUGUUUUAGUUAUCGGUAAAGCUAGAAACAACAUCUAUAGAGUGUUAAAUAACGUCUUAAAAUUCUGCUUUCUUCAGUGUAACAGGUAUUAACACAGUGUAAGAAUUUGACUUACAGCUACUAAAUAUUUUUCAGACUUAACACAUAAACUUGAAAAAGAGGGCACACAAAUAUUUAAAAAGCUGUAUCACUGAUGUAUUUGGUGGCUUGUCUUGCUACUGUUAUGUGAAGAACCAGCUGAGCCUUGAUUCAACUGCAGGACUAGCAGUGUUUUCACUUAAGUACUUCUCAAGCUGUAACACAACAGCCCCCAAUGUUUUUCUUAAUAAAACUAACAAAUGCAGCUUGUUUCAGUUACACAGGACUGUACCUUCCUGGCUGAUCCAUCCUUAUCAUUCUGUGCUCAGGAUCUAUACGUUCACUGACGCUGCUCUUAGCCUGAUGGUGAAAUACCAUAAGGUAGGGAAAUGAAAACUGAUCUUAGAGUAUGCGCUCUGAUUUCAAAGGUGAAAAUGUGUAGUAAGCUUAAAUUACUUAGUUCAUAGUAAAAAAGAAACACAAACUCCUAAGCAUAAUUCCAGCUGCUUAUUUCUAAAUAUAACUUUUUUUUUUAAAAAAAAGAGUAGUUACAAUAGCAAUUAGUUUAUUUAAAAAUGCAGACUGUGGAAAAGAAAACAUUUUUGGAGCCUAUUUGGCUUAUCAAAACUUGAAAAAUUAAUCUGAAGUGCUUUGGAUGAAUCGGAGUCAGAAAAGGAGAAAUUUAUUGUGGAAAAAUGUUUUAUAUAUCUUUAGCAUAAGCAUGGAUUUUGCACAUACCUGCUUAAACACAGCUGCAUGGUAACCCCAUUCAGUGUUUAUCUUGUUGAAAACUUGUCAGACUGAAAACAGUAUUGUUGAAAUUUUAACCUACUGUCACUGAGCAUGAUGAUACUAAUACGAUGCCACACUUACCUCUUUUAGAAGGAAAACCUACUUACGGAAUCCAAACAAGCUGUUCAGAUAUUUUAAACCUGCCCUGUAAAAGUGCUGAUCCAGUCAAGAAACAUUUUCUUGCCUUAUGCAAGUUCUGGGUGAGCAGAUGGAUUCAGUCUUUAGUCAUGAACUAUCUUUUUGCAAAAAAAAAAUAAUGCACUCUUAAGAGUUCGUCAUAUUAAUUUACAUUCUGCUGCUUCCUGUCCAGAAAUUGCAUGGACAGGGGUAGAUUUACAUUUCACAGUGUUUACGAUCUCAUCCUAAAAUGUUUACCAUAUUUCCAUUUGUUAUACACUUUAUUUCUAAUGCUCUUCUUUUCUUUCCAAUUUCCAUAAUUUCAAACUGACGUGUGAAAAUGGCUGAAGAUGAAAUUGGACCUGGAAAAUGUGAUCUCAUAAGAAGUCAUUUCAGUAAUGCUUUGCUUUAGCAGCAAAAGAUUAACUCUGUUUUAUUUAAAUUACCUAAAUGCAAAAUGCUGAAAUCUGGUUUUCUUCAGGGCUUCUAAUUUUGCAUUUUUUUGAAAUAUAAUUAAACAACACAGUUGUCUUUGCUACAUAACUAACCAACCAAGUCCAAAUAACUUUUUAAGGUAUUUGUUAAUUCUUUAGACUAUGGUAGAGAUGAGAAUAAUAAGUGUGGAAAGAAAGAAAACAAUCUCUGUUUCUGAGGAGGUUGUCCAAGCUGAACUUUAUCCUAAUUCCAUGACAAUUCAAUGAGAAAUCUUCUCCUGCCCCCAUCUCUUUUAUAUAUUUUAAGAUGAAUAAUUGCCUUUAAAAUAGGGUUAAUUUGAAUGGCAAGAGGUCAGGGUAGUGAGAUGAAGAAUCACAUCCUUUUUAGUGUACAGGCUUGUGGCACAACUAGAGUGCUGGACAAAACACUGUGGAUUCAUUAAAAAACCAAUUUCUAAGACCACGUUUGGGCUAUGUACACGCCAGAUGCAUCAGUGAUUAGAACUUUCUGUAGUAUAUUUAUUCGAUGACUAAGAAGUUACAAGAACUGGAGGUAGGCAAUACCCAUGUAAUCAGUGCUUGAAUUCCAGUAUUCAGUGUGUUUUGUAAAAUGAGAAAUUAUAAACGUGUAAGUGCCUUAUUGCUUGAAAGAAAUGAAAGGUGUUAGUUCUCCUCCAUAGAGCAAUAUGGGAAUUCCUGUUACGUGGGCUCCUACAGACAGACAUAUUAAGCCAAAGUAACCAAUACUGGUUUGCUCAGAAAAUUGAAAAAUGUUACAUUAGUGAAGAAGUUACAACUUUAUGAAUUAUCAAAGUAAUCUGCCAUGCCUGUUUUAAAUCUGAUGAUCUCAUUUCUGAGUUUUUUUAACUUGCUGUUCACCUCUCUUCCCGUCUCUCCCUUCAGACUUCUGCAGAAAUGCAUCUUUAUGUGCUCUCAGAAUGAGUUUGGUCUUCCAGCGUAGCCAGCUAGGAGUUUUUAAACCACUUAAAGCAAUGCAACUUUUCAGAGAAGAUAAUUCAGCUGAAGUUAAGUUAGACCACAGCCAGUGGUAUGUUGUACCCUCAAACUCCAGGGCUCAAACGGGCCCUGUUGGCACCAACUCAUGAAGAUGGAAGCCCUGAGGACCGUGGCGCACAGAGGUGCACUGUAGCUGGGUUGGGACUCAGUUAAACAGCAUUUCGGUGCUAGCCAGCUUGAACUAAUAUAUAUUUUUAAUGGAAGUUGGUAAUUCCUGUGGGGUGGGUAUCUUGAUGGACUAAACCAUCAAACAAGCUUGGUGGAGCAGCUCUGGGAUCUCUGCCCAGCUCUUCAUUGCAUGGUGGAAGGUAUGAUCAGAAAAAAACUAGUAUUCAUUUUACCUUCUCCAGAUAGCUUCAAAAUGGAUACUGUAGGGUUUAUUUCUUUUUCUGGAAUUAUUUCCUUUCCGAGAAGACAGUAGAAUUUUAUCUUUGGUCAUCUAGAUUUUCCAAAGGACCUGUUUUUUCUUACUAAUACUGCUCCCGCUUUUGUCCAUCUAUUGGAAGUCAGGUGCCAAUAAAAAGUUGCUUUUCUAAAAUUAUCUUGAAUUAUAUGAACUUCUGUUAGAAAUUAUCUUUUUAAAAAUACUGCAUUUAUAUAAAGGUAAUUAUUAGAAGGAAGUUGGCUUAAUAAAGGGGAGGUAAAUUAAAAAUUAUGCUUAGAAGGUCUGUUUAUAGUAAAUUCAUCAUAAAAUGGUUUUGCUGUGUUCAGUUUCCUCCAGUAAAAAUUUGUGAAGGAAGGAAGGAAAAGGAGAGAGAAAUGAAGAUGAGAGGAAUAUUUCUUGGAACCUUUUCAUCUCCUGAAAUUUGUGAGUUUUCCAGAACUGUAGGAGGGGCUUUUCUUUUCUUUUUUUUUUUUCUUUUUUUUUCUCCCCUACAAUUCUUAAUUAGUAAUAUAGCUGUUACUUGCAGCAUUAUUUUUUCAUGAAAUAUCACACAGGAAUGUUUAAUCAGGAAAUAGCUUGCAUACCUGAAGUUUUUGGUGACAGGGAAUUUGAUUUGGAGCCAUACUGCAAUAAAAUUAUAACUAAAUUAUCACUCUUACAGAUAUCUUAAUAACUUCUAUUUCGGUAUUAUCUCCAGUUCUUAGGUAUUAACUAAGGCAUUGUAUAACUCAUGGAAUCAGAGGCACCAUGUAUCAAAAUACUACUUCAGUCUUAUGAGUUACUGUUUAUUUUUAAAAGUUAUUUCCUUAGAUUACAUUCUUCUCUCUUACAACCAGCAGGCACACGGUCAAAAUGCUGAUAAGGCUUUUCCAUUAUCUUUCUCUUGCAUUUUGCUGAUUUUUUUUUUUGUUUGUUGCAUAGUAUUGCAACAAGGGUCUUCGUGCUGUAACUUGACAAAAGUAUUUGAUAGUCUUGGGCAAUAUUUUACAAAGAAUUCAUCUUCAAGUUGGUAUUUUAAAUGUAUACCAGUAAGCACUGUUGAGUGCUACCUUUGUGGCUGCUUUAGUUCACGUCAAUGUUUUGUAAGGAUUAUUUCUUGCUACCCUCUUCAGAGUGCCUUUUUAAUUUAGGAGGUCCAGAGACGGUUUGCUGAAGUUUUCUGUUGAAUCUACCAUAGUAAUAUCUGAUUUUUAAACUUGUCCUGAUGAAUGUAUAACUGAAAUCAUGUUCUUUAAAAAGCUAUAGUAGACACAGUCAUAUAUGCACACGUACAUGCAUGGAUACGAGGGAAGGUGUUCUGCCAAUGUUUGUCCUGCUGGACAGGACCUUUUGAAAGUAAGUGAAUUUUUUAACAGUUUUAUUUUCAAAAUGUUACCUCACUAGUAUUCAGUAAUAGGUAUGUCUCUGUACUGCUUCACUUUGCUAAAUGCAAUCACAUUUGUGGUAGGCAGUUUAAUUUAAAAGACUUUGCGAUGAAAUCUGGUGUCCGUAUCGUGAAGUUCGUAAGUAAAACCUUACGGUACUUCAUUUCCUUUUAAAGGCAUUCCUUCCGCUUACACUGAUAUCCCAAGCCCCUGUUAACCAACAGACUGAAAAAGUGCUUCCCCGUGAUGAAAUGGAAGAAUGUAAAGUAGCAUUUGAAUGCACUCCACCUGUCUUGGAACCGAUAUUCAGAAAUAGGCGGAUGUUGUGGAUUUAAUGAACUGCGGGAAGAUAUAUAUUGUAGAGUUCGUUCACUUGCACACAAGGGGUUUUACAAUGUCAUCUAGUAACGUCUACCUAAUAAAGUUUUGAAAAAGAAAAAUAAAA